UCGUAGCGACGCCGCGGCACCAACUCGUUCGCGUCGCGACGCUUUGGUUUCUUGGUUGAAAUAUUUUCUACGCGCGCGUGAAACAUUUCGCAGCCCAUUCCUCGCUCCACAAUGGAAAUGAACGAAAUAGGAAGUCUUCAGCUACCGGACCAGGUUAACCUUCCCUUUGCCAUCACCAGUAACGGUGAUUACUUUGUCGCAUGGACCAAGGGAAGCGUCGAGUGCUUCCAGCUCAAGUACAAACACGUCAACGAGGACGGUGCACUCAACUAUGUCCUCAAUCGAUUCGAGUGUUCCAAGGAAAAGCCCACCGGUCAGCUAAUGGCGAAAGAAAUCGAAAUCUACAACAACAGCAGUCGGUUGGAUAGGACGAAAAUCAUGCUCGAUCAAACGUUUAUUCCGAACAUCGCCACGCUAUACAUUAGCAACGUGAUGGCUUCGGUGUCUCCGCAAGGACUCUUCCAUGACUACAGCGUCUGUCUGGUGGCCAGUUUGACCAACAUGGGGCAGCUUUCGCUCUUGCGAUUUGACCAACUGCAAAACGAAUGGAUACCUUACGUGGAUGUGUCCGCCGUUUGGAUUGCGCACUUCUACGAUCACAGCGUGAUCAAAAAGUUCGAUCAACUGCAAAUGUCUGCCUCCAAUGCCCUGAUUACGAGCUUCUGCUGGCGAGAACAUGUAUUCCACCACGUUGGCCACUUUGCCAUCGGUACCAAAUCGGGCACUAUUGUCAUCUACAGCUUGAUUUCGAACAGCGUUAAUGUUCGGUUCAUCGCAUCUGUUAACCAACCGGUACGAAUGAUGAAAUGGAUCACCAUUUCGGAGGAUCACAAUCUGCUGCUGGUCGGACUGCAGAAUGGGAAGAUUGCGCUAUAUAAAUUCAAAACUAUGCUAGACGCGAACGUCAUUGACUUCGAGCAGUUGGACAACGUAUGGGCCGAGGAGGACAAUUUGAUAGUGGGACAGGUACAGUGCGAACUGGACUAUGCCAACGGUCGAUUACUGAUUUUGGUGGUUAAGGGAACGCACCUGAUGGUUUUCUUGUGCAGUUUGGAAGGCGAGGUACGAUCGACGGCGGUGGAGAAUAUGCACAAUUUUAUGAUAACAGGUCUGCAACAGCUAAGCCCCUACCGUUACAUCGUUUGCACCCUGCCAGGAAUGGUGUUUUGCGUCGACAUCAAAGUUGAGAAAUGUGAUCAACUGCUAAUCGAGCACACACCCGUUAAAACCGAUUUGAAUCUCAGCAAAUACUCGAUAUACGGGGUAACGGCAUCGCGUAAUCGAUCGAGCUGGCUCUUUGUGGGCUAUCCAUCGAAAAGCUUCGAUCGUCUGGGUUUACGGACACCAACGGUUGUAUUUUUCUGCAAGUUCAGCGAAUGCGAUGCGAUGCAGAUUUUAUUGGAUAACCCCACGCUUCGAAUGACCAACUAUUACGAUUGUGCCGAAGUCGUAAGGUUUAGUGGCAAUCGAACUCCGGACGCGGUUAAGCCCCUUGAACAGAGAGCAUCCAACAACGCAAACGUUGACGACGGAUACGCCUACCACCUCAAGCUACAGUUGGUCCAACUGGGAGCGAGACUAAGCCACUUCAAGAAACGAUGCCAAGCAAUCGCCGAAGUGCUGCACAAUCAGUUACAGUUUAUACGAAUGGUUAUUGAAAUCCUUCACGCGGCGAAAGUUAUCGCGUACUUUUUGCACGUGCGCCAUACCUCCAUCGAACUGAGCUACCACCAACUGCUGACCAUACGUUGUUUGCGUAACUUUAUCCAAGAAUUCGUGGAAGAUAACUUUCCGGGGGACUACGAGCACGUACACCUGUCGCUGAAGCCGCCCAUGGAGGAAGUGAUUGCCCGGGCGAACGAAUUGCUGGUCACUGCCCAGCAGCAACUGUACCAGGAGGAGUGCACCUUCUGUGGUGGAUCGAUCCCCGAAGCGAAACUAACCUGCGUGGAGAACCAUCAAACAUUCCGCUGCUCGAUUACGAAGCAGCAAAUCGCGAUGGGACACGUAGAAACGAUGUGCGAAAUGUGCGACCGCUGUUCGCUCGAUGGGCAACUGCUGGCGGAAAUAUUUUGCGCCGACGGUGGGCAGCUCGUAAUCUACUACAUGGACUGCUGCCUGUGUGACAUGCCCUUUAGGAAGCACCUGAUUCCGUGAGGUGUUUGGAAUAAUAAAUUGUGUUAGGAUUA